AUGGCUCAGAAUCUACAUACCAUAUUUGAGUCAGAGCUCAGCGGAGAAAAAUUGCUUGUUGGAGCCAACUUUGCUUAUGAGAGAAUUAGGAAUCUCAAUGAUACUGACAUACAAUUGUAUCAACUUGAAUACUUCGAACAAUAUCAACAGCGAGUGACUACUCUUAUCGGAGCUGACCAGACUAAGAAACUCGUUAAUGAGGCACUCGUCCUAAUCACCGCGGGUGGAAAUGAUUUCGUGAACAACUACUUUUUAGUUCCGUACUCUCCAAGAUCUCGUCAAUACUCCUUACCAGAUUAUGUCAAGUUUGUAAUCUCAGAGUACAGACCAAUACUAAUGAAGCUGCAUGAUCUCGGAGCACGAAGGGUACUGGUGACAGGAACUGGACCAUUAGGCUGUGUUCCGGCAGAAUUGGCUAUGCGCAGCAGAGAUGGCAAGUGUGCAGCUGAAUUACAACGA